AUGUGGCAAGCGAUCCUCCUCACCGUCGCCGUCUCUCUCUUAUCCUUUUGGAGCGUGACCUGGUUUGUUACGCAUUUUUCACCUAUCUGUUAUGGAAUCUGGAAGCUACACAGAAAACGAAAGUUGACCAGUACAAUUCGAAAUUGGCCAGGGGUGUCCAUCUUGAAGCCCCUCGUCGGUGCGGACCCCAAUCUCGAGACCAACCUUGAAACUUUCUUCACAAUGAAUUACCCUAUCUACGAGAUACUGUUUUGCAUACACGAAGACGGGGAUCCCAGCAUGGAGAUCGUCAAGCGAUUGCGAAAAAAAUACCCAGAUGUGCCCAGUCGAGUGUUCGUCGGCGGAGAAAAGGUCGGAGUCAACAUGAAGAUCAAUAACCUGUUUCCUGCUUACCGUGAAAGUAAAUACGAGCUCUUGUUCUUCUCGGACUCGGGGGUCAUGAUGAAACCGGACACUUUGAUGGAUAUGGUGCAAAAUAUGACAGACGGGGUGGGUCUAGUGCAUCAGUUGCCGUUGGUCUGCGACAGCGAGGGAUUCACCAAUGCCUUGGAGAAGGUCUAUUUCAGCACCAUCUGCGCACGGGCAUACCUCGCGGCUGCCAUGCUUGGGAUCAAUUGUCACAUCGGAAUGAGCACCUUGAUGAGGAGGAGCGUUCUUUGCGAAAUUGGGGGACUUGAGAAGUUCUCCUAUCAUUUGGGAGAAGAUUUCCUCCUGGCCUCUGCCCUACUUUCGAAAGGAUACACACUCGUUAUAUCUUCUCAGCCCGUAUGGCAAAAUUCUGGGCCAAAGCGGUUAUCCGUGUUUCUAGCUCGAAUAUCGCGCUGGGCUCAAUUUAGAUACGCGAAUGAUACUCUUUUCUUUUUCGUGGAGCCACUUCUCGAGUGUCUCGUCAAUGGUCUCUUGGGGGCGUGGGCCGCUCGGGAGCUCUUCGGCUGGGAUCCUAUACCCUUCUAUAUUCUUCACGUUCUCACCUGGUUCAUCUCGGACUUGAUCGUCAUGAUCGUCGUCAACGGAGUCAUGCCCAUGAACGUAUUUCAGUUCCUCGUAUGCUGGAUUUUUCGGGAAUGCUCCAUGAUGUAUCCUUACCUGUAUGCCGUGUUUGUUCCUACGAUCCGCUGGCGAGCAGUGACCUAUCGACUUGGCUGGGAUGGUAGAGUGAAGGAAUCCACAACAUAA